AUGUUUCCAGCUCAUCUGCCUGUUCCUGUCAUAAGAAGAAACUCUUCUUCGUCAUCCUCCUCAUCCUCAGAGCAGAAUUGUUCAUUGGUGUGUUCAGUGGUGAAUGUGGGUCAUGUGACUCUCUCCUGGUACAAAGGAAACAGUUUAUUGUCCAGCAUCAGUGUGUCUGAUCUCAGCAUCAGUCUCUCUCUACCUCUGGAGGUGGAAUAUCAGGAUAAAAACAGCUACAGCUGUGUGCUCAACAAUCCCAUCAGCAACCAGACUCAACAUCUGGACAUCACUCAGCUCUGUCACACAUGUUCAGUGACUGCUUACAUCUCACUGAUAAUGCUGAUUUCUGCCGCUGGAUCUCUGUUGAUUGUAAUUUCACUCGUGAUCUGCUGCAUCUGCAAGAAAUGUAGAAAAACAGUCACGUCACAGGAAGAAGACACAACUGAUUUAGAAUUUUAUAACCCAACAAUACAAGACACGAAAUCAAAGACGGAUGGUUUGCAUGAAAAUGUCCCCAAAAAACAGUGUUUAGAUGUGAGUUUGUCUUAUUUUUAGAUCACCGGAAUUCAUGCAUUUGAACAGACUGAAAAUAAAAUGUAAUAUACCUUUGAAAAUAAAGUCGGAU